ACAGGUUAUUUGUCAUUGUUGUCGUGACGUCAAAAUCGACAUGGAUUAUCCUCAGUAUUGAGUAAAUAGAAUUGCCCGUGUUAGCGCAACCCUUACAUAACAUACUAAUAUUGUAUUACAAUACAUUGCGUCUGUGGCAUGCCAUUAAUUUCAGUUCUUAAUUUAAAAAGUAAAUGUAGCUCUAAUGACAUUAAAGCCAUGUCAGUCAAAAUUCAAUUAAAAGUUGUAUAACCAACUAAAAUUUUUCGUGCAAGUAAAUGAAGUAAAAGUAAUAUCAUUCCCUUUAAAAAUAAAGUGAAACUAUGAUACUUAACCCAAAUAACGUUUGACGGAAAUAUUUACUAAAAUGGAAAAUGAUGUGGAGUUCGAUGAAUUUUGCGACCCUAACAAUCCUAGAAAAAUAAAAUAUGAUGAUAUUUUGGCUGCUUCGCGUCGCAUUGUGGGGACGAUUGUCAAAACACCUUGCACGAGAGCUCACAUGUCAGAUAAACUAGAUAUGGAUAUAUAUUUAAAACAAGAGUUUAUGCAGUAUACAGGCUGUUUCAAGGAACGUGGUGUUCGGAAUACAUUGCUAUUAUUAUCGGAAGAACAGAAAAAGAUUGGUGUGAUAUCAGCAUCAACUGGUAAUCAUGGGUUAUCUAUGAGUUACCAUACUACAAAGCUUGGUAUUCCUUGCAUCGUCGUAAUGCCAACUCGAGCGCCAAUAACCAAACUCACAAAAUGUCAAUCUUUCGGUGCCAAAACACUGUUACAUGGUGAGAACAUGGCUGAAUCUAAACAUUAUGCUAUGUCUUUAUCCAAAGAGAAAAAGUUGUAUUAUGUCAAUGGAUACGAUCAUCCUAAUGUAAUCGAAGGACAAGGAACUAUUGGAAUUGAAAUUUUAGAACAAGUCCCAGAGGUAGAUGCUGUUUUAGUACCUGUGGGUGGUGGCAGCCUUUUGACUGGCAUUGCUAUUGCUGUAAAACAUCUUAAGCCCGAUACCGAAAUUUAUGGUAUACAAACCGAAAAAACAUAUAGUAUGGUAGAGGCACUCAAAAGAAACGAAAGAGUAAGAAUAACCAUAGACUCCACAAUAGCUGAUGGCCUUGCAGUAAAUUUGGCAGGAGUAAACACAUUUCAUAAUUUGAAAACCGGAAUUGUGGAUAAAAUGGUAAUCGUUAAAGAAGAUUGGGUGGCACGUGCCAUAAUGCACUUAGUCGAAGAAGAAAGGUACGUCGUAGAAGGCUCUGCAGCGGUUACCAUAGCGAGUAUAAUGGCAGGCCUCUUCCCCAAUCUUAAGGGUAAAAAAGUGGUAUGUGUAUUAUCGGGUGGUAAUAUCGAUACAACGACACUUGCUCGGGCUCUGGAGAGAGGUAUGGCGGCGGAGGGGAGACUAGUCAAGUUUAAGGUGACGGUAAGCGACCGGCCAGGAGGUAUGGCUGAACUGUGCGGGUUGUUGGCCAAUCUCGGUGUUACGCUGCGGGACUGCAUUCCUGAACGCGCAUGGGUUAAGGGUGAUGUUUUUAGCGUGGAGAUGAAAGUAAUAGCAGAGACAAGAGGGUGGGAUCAUACUAAAGAGUUAAUCGAGUUAAUUAAGCGAAAAUACAAAGAUUGCUUUUUCCCUGAAACAAAUGAGAAGACGGACAAAGCUCCAGGAGCCAGGCGUGGUCCCUGUCUAGCGCCAAAUCCAGUGUGCAUGCAGAAAUAAUUACCUGUCCUAACGAAGAUUUUUUGAUAAAAUAGAUUUUUGAUUGUUAUUUAUAUAAUGAUUUUAAAUAAUAAUGAUUCAAUAAAUAAACAAGUUUU